GAAAAUGUUUCGGAAUUCGGAAACUUUCAUGCAGCAAAAAAAAAAUAGUCAAGAGAGAGUGAAUUUUUGACCAAUUUUCCGCGGUGUUUUACACAAAGAAAACCUGAAUUGUAAAGUGAAAAGUGUCAGAAAAUCAGUAAUAGAACUAAUCAAGUACCUUUUUGUGCAAUAAUACUCUAAAAACAAUGCGUGGUGCAUUGCUGAGAGCGAAAAGUUCAAGAAGCUUUUUCAACAUAACCUCACCGGAUUGUUUACAUUUUUCCCGGAGAAGAUUGUACAUUUGUUCAGGGAAAUGCAAGUCUCUGAAGGAUUUUAUGCCUAAAAUCUGGGUGCCAAAAACAGUGGAGCCACCCUACAAGCACAUUACUCAAAUUGGAGAUCCGAUUCUGAGGCAAAAGGCCGGAAGUUUGCCUGUGGAAGAGGUUUCAAGUCCGGCAAUGAAAUUUCUAUUUGAGCGCAUGAUUUCUGCUAUGAAGUCAUUCAAAUUAGUCGGAGUGGCUGCUCCCCAGGUGGGAAUACCUCUUCGUGUCAUCGCCAUGGAAUUCCCCAAGGCUGUUCUGGAGAAUUACACCAACGAAGUGGCAAAGACGAGAAACAUGCAACUUCUACCACUUACGGUACUGGUGAAUCCUGAGCUGAAAGUCACGGAUUUUUCCAAGAACACUUUUCCCGAAGGAUGUGGCAGCAUGACAGGUUUUACAGCGAAUGUGACCAGGUACAAUGGGGUAGAACUUUCAGGAUUCGAUGAAAAUGGUGCACGGAAGACAGUAAAGCUGAAUGGAUGGAAUGCCAGGAUUGCCCAACACGAGAUGGACCACCUGGAAGGGACGAUUUUCGUGGAUGUCAUGGACAGAAAAACUCUGCAGCUCAAUUGCUGGGAAAUGAUAAAUGCCCGGGAAGGUCGAGUCGAACUCCGAUAUUACUCCAAAUAGCGCCAAAAUUGUUCUUAUAGAAGCGCCCUAAGUCUAAAUAAAAUUGCUAAAGUUCUCUAAA